AUGCCUUGGACGCUUGAACCUGCUGUCCUCCUAUGGAAGGCGACAUUCUUCCUGAUAAUCCUUUACAUCACAUCCUACCUCUCGAUAAAGACAUUCGGACGACGAGCUCGGUUCCUGAGAUCGCAAGAAUGGGCUGGAUCAACGAAAAGCUGGUUUCCUCAAUGGUCCUGGAAAUCUAUGACCCAUAGCCGCUCCCUCACCAUCGAAGCAUAUAACCGCCUCUCAAAACACGAUCGACCAUUUGUGAUUCCUCAAUGGGGCAAAGAGCCUUUCCUGAUCUUACCACAGUCUCAGAUGAGAGAAGUCUAUCAGAGACCGGACGCAGAUGUCAGUAUCAUGGCCAUGCUAAGAGACAACCUUGCUGUCAGGUAUACUGGCGACAGUGACAUCGCGGUUGGUGCUUUCCACAUCGAUCUCGUCCGGCAUGAUCUUACCAGAAAGCUGUCACUUUUCACGCCAGAUAUCUACGACGAGCUGAGUCUGGGAUUUCAAGACGAGUGGCAUCCCAAAUCAGAUGAAUGGAAACCUAUCCUGCUUUAUGAGACCACAAUCCGGAUUGUCACUCGUGCGGCAAAUCGCGUCUUCAGUGGCACGGAACUCUGCAGAAAUGCAGAGUUUCUCGAGCACACGCGACUGUAUGGAUACCAGAUCUUUACGCAAGGCAUGUUGAUCAACAUGAUCCCGAUAUCGUUUCUCCGACCCCUGGCGGCGGCAUUUAUGACUCGGAAGAGCGUUCAUCACAGGAAUAUGGUCUUGAAACAUGCGGCACCCGUGAUCCAGAGGCGAAUUGAGGCCGUGAGAGCUGGGAACAAAGAUCCCCCAGUAGACUGUCUCCAAUGGCUGAUAGAAAAAUGCGUUGCCUGCAACGAUCCCAUCGAAUUAGACGUAACCAUGAUCACCCGACGCCUCUUACGUCUAAACAUGCUCGCCAUCCACACCACAAGCCUCGCAAUCACAAGUGCAAUUUUCGAACUCUACAGCUCUUCCCGAGCCCAAGAAUACAUCACAGCUCUCCGCGAAGAAGUCACACAAGUCCUCAAAGCCCACAACAACAAAUGGACCAAAGCCGCCGUAACCGACCUCCACCUCAUCGACUCCACAAUCCGCGAAUCCAUGCGUAUCAACGACUUCUCCGUUUUUAGCAUCGCCCGAACCAUCACAUCCCCCCACGGCAUCGACCUCCCCGACGGCCUGCAUCUCCCCCCCGGCACCAAAAUCGCAGUCCCAAACCUCGGCAUCCACCGAGAUCCCACAAAUUACGAAAACCCGAACGAAUUCGACGCGUUUAGAUUCGUGCACAGUAGGGAAAGUAUGGUGUUAACGAGUGAGUCGGCGUUGCAUUUUGGGUAUGGGAGACAUGCAUGUCCGGGGAGGUUUUUCGCUGCGCAGGAGAUGAAGUUGAUGUUGGCGUAUGUUGUUUUGAAUUUUGAUGUGAAGAUUGCAGGAUCUGGGCCGAGGAGGACACGGGAUCUUAAGGCUGCGGCUCUGCCGGAUGCGAAGGCUGAGAUUUGGAUUCGAAGGAGGCACAUAUAG